AUGGCUGACCCUACCAACGACCCUUCUGCCAUGCACGUCGACCCCGACGACGGUAGAGUGGCUGCCAGCCAGUCCGCGCCACCGCUGCCGUCAAUUCACACUCGUCAGCCCUCGGUCUCUACUACUCCUACUACCCUGCCGUCCUCGUCGUUCAACUCGAACGCGCUGGCCUUCCGACACAACCACGCUGCCAGCGCCGGCCUUCAGAUCAGGACCGAUAUCCCGUCAGCCUUUGCUAAUCGCAAGCUGUCGAGCAGUCAGCAGGAACUCCCCGACUUGUUCCGCUCAAGCCACUCGGCCGCCUCUCCUUUGCUGACACCAGCACUGCGCCAUAAUUUGUCCACCUCCAGCUUGAGUCCCAAUUCCGCUCUUGCAUCGCCUGCCCUGGCUGCCAUGCUCGAUAUCACNCCCCUGCCCUCGCCCAUCAUGCUCAACGACCCCAGCUCUCCUGGCCCGUGGAAGCGGAUACGAAGCGGCCAUUUCGAUACGUCAAUGAGACCACCUUCGAGACUCGGNCUCUUCUCCCCGACGACGAGUAUGUUAUCCUCAAUGGCUGCACCACCCGGCUCGCCGCCCAAGAAAAAGAAGGGAUAUGGAAGUUUGGUACAUGCCGCUGUCGAGGGUCCAAACGCCCAUGGCAUCGAUCUGGUCAUGCGCAAGCAGCACAACCGCAACCGCAGCAUUAGUGACUUUGUACCCGAAGCCAUGCACAAUGUGAGGCCGAGGAACGUCACGAUUGGGCCUGCAGGUCUGCACAUCACGACUACUCCACCGAAUGAGCAGCCAAUGCAGAGGGAGCAUUACCUCGCUCAGCAGCGUGGCUACGUACAACCUUCGGCCUCUUCGGACGAUGAGCGUAGGACUCCUGACCACUCGCAUACCCAGUCCAUGAUGAGAGCCUCUGUCGACUCUGCCAAGGUUCUGCCAUCACCACCUCCUUCGAGCAAGGGUAUGAUGGAAGCGGAGAAAGAAGACACGGACAUGCAGAGUGUGGGUGGGGCAGAGGAUUCCGACGUCGAGUACUUCACCGUUCGAUCGGCACAUGAAGACCACAAGCGCAGAUGGCGUUCUGUACGAACUCUUGGCCAGGGUACUUUCAGCAAGGUUAUGCUGGCUACAUCACAACAACUACCAUCGAGUACGCCUUAUGAUGAGAAGAACUUGAACCCGCGGAAACUGGUUGCCGUCAAGAUUGUCGAACACGGUCCAGCUGGAGGCGCCGACGAAGAGCGGAUCGAAGUAUCUCUCAAGCGAGAAGUCGACAUCUUGAAGAGCGUGUCACAUCCUUCGAUUGUGCAGCUCAAGGCACUCGAGUACACAGAUGAACGAGCCUUGCUUGUUCUGAGUUACUGCCCAGGAGGUGACUUGUUCGAAUUGGCCAGUGAACAUCGCAACAUCUUACAGCCCAAUCUGGUCCAACGCAUGUUUGCCGAAUUGGUAAGCGCGACACGCUACUUGCACAAGAAUUAUAUCGUCCACCGCGACAUCAAGCUCGAGAGUAAGAUUGCCCUUUUGUCUUUCUGUUCAAGCUCCUUUUACUUACGAUCAACCCGCGAUNNAGACGUCUUGGUCGUACCCGCCUACAACGCUCUCUCGCAUCUUGAAAAUCCUCAGACUCAUCCUUAUCCGCUGAUCUGCCUGACUGAUCUCGGUCUCUCCCGCCGCAUUCCCGCUCCACCAGCCUCACCUCUCCUCACAACCCGCUGCGGCAGCGAAGACUACGCCGCCCCUGAGAUUUUGCUCGGUCAACCUUACGACGGCCGCAGUACAGACGGCUGGGCUCUGGGUGUUCUCCUAUAUGCCUUGAUGGAAGGCCGCUUACCCUUUGACUGCCCACCUGGCAAACCAGAAAGAUCACGACCUUCACACCGUAUAGCCCGUGCAGACUGGAUGUGGUGCAAAUUUGGUGACGAGGAUGGAGAAUGGGAUGACAAGAGAAACGAUACCAAAGAAUUCAAGGGAUGGGAGGGAGCAAAGGGUGUCGUGGAGGGCCUGCUCAAGAAGGUCAGGAUGGGAAGGAAGGCAUUGGCGGACAUUGAAGAAAUGGAAUGGGUCAGGGAUGGGAUACAGGUUGAGGGCGGGCUGAAGGCUUUUGACGACAUCGAGCCAUUAUGA